AUGGUGGAGAGAAAUUCAGCAGCAAGGCAUUGGGCCGUUCUGAUCGGCGUGAACUUUUACCCCAAAGUCGAAGGCGGAGUAUGUUCAACAGAAGAAUGUCUUCAGGGGGCUGUACCGGAUAUACUUGCUGUGCAAGAGUAUCUGGAAAAUGCUCCUUAUCCCGUCGAUAUCGUUACACUUACUGCAACGGCACCUGAUGAUCCAACUCUACGAAAGCCGAAGGAGGAUUUUGAAUCUUGGCCGACCGUAGAUAACGUCGUUCAAUCGUUGAAGAGGGUGAUUAAGAAGGCCAAAGCAGGCGACUACAUCUACAUACAUUUCUCAGGACAUGGUGUCAAGCGCCUAUCAGAAGGAUUAAGCAACAAGAACCUGGCCCUGGUUUUGUUCGAAGAUGAGCCCCACUAUAGGAGCUACUUGAAAGGAUCAGACCUGCGCUCUUGUCUAAGAAGCAUGGUACGAAAAGGAUUGCUGGUCACUAUGGUUCUGGACUGCUGCUUUUCUGGCAGCGUGCUCAGGAAUAGCCAAGCGGUAGGCACCUCCAUCAGGGCGAUCGAAUACGACGCGGCUGUGGACAACGAUUGCCCAUCAGAUCCUUGGGGGAGUCUAUUUGACCUCGGAAAUAUCAGUCGCGAAUCAGAGCUCCAGCAUGAAUGGUUGGUUAACCCGGAGGGUUAUACCAUCCUAGCAGCUUGUGGCCUGGAUGAGAAGGCAUUCGAGCUUCAAUCUAGCACUGGGGAGCUUCGUGGGGGUCUGACUCAAUUUCUCCUGCGUGCUUUGACAGAAUUGUCAAGGCGUAAUGUCCAAAUCACCCAAGAGUCUCUGUAUAACCAUAUAUGCGCACGAUUAAAGGCCGUCUGGGGUGCCCAAACACCAAGGUUGUAUGGGAAAAGGGGUGUCUCUUUUUUUGGAGAGCUUCAAAACUACUCUGUCACUCCACUCAUCCCAGUCUUUUGGAGGGGAGAUAGUCCAAACUCUGAUGGUUCAGUGAGACGCCUGUACAUCAGAGCAGGCGAUGCUCAUGGAGUCAGCAAGGGUGAUGUGUACGAUACCUACCCAUUGGGUACUGAUGCCGGAGACUCUAUCCGACUUCGAGUGGAUGUCGUUCACAGCCUCCACUCAGAGAUGGUCGGAUUUACAUAUGCGACUCGGGUCAACAAUAUCCGCGACGGUUGGAACGCAAAAUUAGUGCGUUCAGAGGCAGAGCACAAGAUUGCCAUUCGAAUGACAGAAGAAGCAUACAGCUACGCCAAAGACUCCGUCGAGCCAGAUCGUCUGCAAUUUGUUCGUUUGCACAUUGGAAAUGAAAACCGAGAGGCCUGUCAAUUCAACGUGGAGCUCAACCAUAGUCGUCAAUAUUGUAUGUACGAUGGGUCGAUGGAGUUGCUUCCCCACUUUGAACCUUUCUCCAUCGAUACACCUAAUGCUGAUGUUCAUCUCUUGUACAUCCUGCAGCGAUUGGCGUCCUACAAGUAUCUCGAAAACCUUGGGAUUGAGAGAAUGCCGCGGCCUUCAUUACAAUCGAGAGAGCAGACAUCAACAAGCUUCGCUGAUUCAUUUACACUCGAAGCCUUCACUCAUGAAUCGGAGGCGAAUCGAAAUGGUCCGGGAGGCCCUUUUCACAUCAAUCAUGGAGACUCCUGGUCCCUCAAAGUGGAGAAUCACAGCAAAAAGGAGGCUCUGUAUUUGGCAUUUUUUUCAUUCACCUCCUCGUGGAAGAUCAAGGAUCUUACAGUCCCGGUUGGCAACAAUUCUUUCGAAGAAAUACGGCCAGCGACAGACACAGACCGAAGCCAGGAAACGAUUCGUUUGACAAUGAAAGUUCCUGAGGGCCAGACAAGCUGCAAAGAUGUAAUCAAAGUCUUCUUAACGAACAGGCCAACGUUGUUCCCAGCAUUGAAUCUGGACAAGGAUCUCAUGCAUCAUCCCAGGACGAGGAGCGCUAGAGAGACUGUUGAUAGUGGAAUUGGCAGAAUUCCGGCCUUUCUCACAGCAUUAUCCGGCCUCUACCGGGACACGAGUGGGAUUGAGCAAAAGAGUAUUGAGCAUGAAGCAUGGUCUACCAAAAACUACAUCAUAUAUACCUCUUUGGUUAACUGA